UUGUAAAGGCACCUGGAGGAGUUUGGAGCAAUGCCACCACCUUCGGACAUUGUGAAAGUAGCUGUUGAGUGGCCAGGUGCCAAUGCCCAGCUGCUGGAAAUAGAUCAGAAAAGGCCUCUUGCAUCCAUCAUCAAGGAGGUCUGUGAUGGGUGGUCGUUGCCAAACCCUGAAUACUACACCUUGCGGUAUGCUGAUGGUCCUCAGCUGUACAUCACAGAACAGACUCGCUGUGACAUCAAGAAUGGAACUAUCCUACAGCUGGCAGUCUCCCCGUCUAGGGCAGCUCGCCAGCUGAUGGAGAGGAUCCAGUCACACAGUAUGGAAGCCCGACUGGAUGCCAUGAAGGAACUGGCUAAACUUUCAGCAGAUGUGACCUUCGCCACAGAGUUCAUCAACAUGGAAGGGAUUACAGUGUUGACACGGCUUGUGGAGAGUGGGACCAAGCUUCUGUCCCAUUACAGUGAGAUGUUGGCUUUCACCCUGACUGCCUUCUUGGAGCUCAUGGACCAUGGUAUUGUCUCUUGGGACAUGGUCUCAAUAACAUUCAUUAAACAGAUUGCAGGGUAUGUGAGUCAGCCUAUGGUAGAUGUCUCCAUCCUCCAACGAUCCCUAGCCAUUCUAGAAAGCAUGGUGCUAAACAGUCAGACUCUGUAUCAGAAGAUAGCAGAAGAGAUCACCGUGGGGCAGCUCAUUUCUCAUCUGCAAGUCUCAAACCAAGAGAUUCAGACAUAUGCCAUUGCCCUGAUCAAUGCUCUCUUCCUGAAGGCACCUGAGGACAAGAGACAGGACAAGCUGCUUAACCCACUAGAUCUGCCCAUCACUGAAAUGGCUAAUGCAUUUGCCCAGAAGCACCUGAGGUCUAUAAUCCUGAAUCAUGUGAUCAGAGGAAACCGCCCGAUUAAAACAGAAAUGGCACAUCAGCUGUAUGUGCUACAGGUCCUGACCUUUAAUCUCCUGGAAGAGAGAAUGAUGACCAAGAUGGAUCCCAAUGAUCAGGCACAGAGAGACAUCAUAUUUGAGUUGAGAAGAAUUGCGUUUGAUGCAGAGUCUGACAGCAACACCGUCCCUGGCAGUGGAACAGAAAAACGCAAAGCCAUGUACACCAAGGACUACAAGAUGCUGGGAUUCACUAAUCACAUCAAUCCAGCCAUGGAUUUUACUCAGACUCCCCCAGGGAUGCUGGCAUUGGACAACAUGCUCUACUUGGCCAAAUUUCAUCAGGACACCUAUAUCAGGAUUGUUCUGGAGAACAGCAGUCGAGAAGAUAAGCAUGAGUGUCCCUUUGGGCGCAGCGCCAUUGAGCUUACCAGGAUGCUUUGUGAGAUCCUGCAAGUUGGGGAACUACCCAAUGAAGGCCGGAAUGACUAUCACCCCAUGUUUUUCACCCAUGACCGUGCAUUUGAGGAGCUAUUUGCCAUCUGCAUCCAGCUGUUGAACAAGACCUGGAAAGAAAUGAGGGCAACAGCAGAAGAUUUUAAUAAGGUUAUGCAGGUUGUGAGGGAACAGAUCACACGGGCUCUCCCCUCUAAACCAAACUCCUUGGACCAGUUCAAAAGCAAACUGCGCAGCCUGAGCUAUUCUGAGAUUCUGCGACUACGCCAGUCUGAGAGAAUGAGCCAAGAUGACUUCCAGUCACCACCUAUUGUGGAGCUGAGAGAGAAAAUCCAACCUGAGAUCUUAGAGCUGAUAAAGCAACAGCGCCUGAACAGGCUUUGUGAGGGAAGUAGCUUUCGAAAAAUUGGAAAUCGCAGGAGGCAAGAAAGAUUUUGGUAUUGUCGCCUGGCUCUGAAUCACAAGGUGCUACACUAUGGAGAUCUGGAAGAUAAUGCCCAGGGGGAAGUGACCUUUGAAUCUCUCCAGGAAAAAAUUCCAGUUGCAGACAUCAAAGCCAUUGUCACAGGGAAGGAUUGUCCACACAUGAAGGAGAAAAGUGCACUGAAACAGAACAAGGAAGUGUUAGAAUUGGCCUUCUCGAUAUUAUACGAUCCUGAUGAGACCUUGAACUUCAUUGCACCUAACAAAUAUGAGUACUGUAUCUGGAUUGACGGGCUUAACGCUCUCUUGGGGAAGGACAUGUCCAGUGAGCUGACUAAAAGUGACCUGGACACAUUGCUGAGCAUGGAAAUGAAGCUGAGGCUCCUGGACUUGGAGAACAUCCAGAUUCCCGAAGCACCGCCGCCCAUCCCCAAGGAGCCGAGCAGCUACGACUUCGUGUACCACUACGGCUGACGGGGACCGAGCUGCACGGGCCGCUCC